CGGCAGGAGUUAAAAGUAUUCAUGAAAUUCACGGAAAAACAGGAUCUCAUCAUCGAAAGCGUCGGUUUUAUAUCAAUUCCAUCGAGUGACGUCAAUGGAACGUUAUGUCACGAUUCAUCCUUAAGAGCGGACGAAUACAGGUGUUUCUAUCUUUAGAAAGAGGAAAGAGGAUGAAAUAUUUCUCAAGGCGGAAACAAAGAAAGCGAAGGUCCAUAAGGAGUCGCUUUACGGCAACAUUCUCCCGCAACCGUCAGGACUACAAAUUCGUGUUUCUUGUCAACGCGACCUUGCGGAUCGCCACUUUAAAAUUCGGUAUCUCGACACGGGACCGGUCUGCAAGUGAAGCACACGGUGGCCCAAAUAUUUCGAUAGACCUACGGCGAAUUUAUUUCCGAUCAAUAGCCAUAGGCGAUAAGUCAUCCCGACGUUCACUGAAGAGAUUAUCACAUUAUCAGAGAACUCGCCCGUUGCGUGAGUAAGCGCAAACAUCUCCCCGUUACGAAAACGUAUUGCCAGUGAAACGUCGACGUUACUCACGACAGCACGCGUCGAAGGACCGAUCGCGCAUCGGUGUUUCGAGACCUCCGGAGUGGCGGCGCGCUCUCCUAUUUAUUUACCCAUUUCUCGCAAAGUGAGCCCACGACCAAAUGACUGUAAUUGAAUUUUCAUAAAACCUCAUCGCGGGUGAAAUAUGGCCGAACGAGCGGGACGUCCAACCCUAACCCGCGACUCAACGGACCGACUGUUGGCCUCGACAAAGUUUGAAUAAGGAUUCGCUCCGAUUAAACUACCACCCCGAAGGACUCCGCAAUCGUUGGAAUUACAAUCCCUCGUCGCAACUAUCGCCGACAACGAGAACACCUUGACGGAAUUCAUCGAUUACUCGAGAUUAACGUUCAUCAGUUUCAAAGAAGAGACCCUCGAAUGCAGCCCAAUUAAUCCGCUGGCAAUGACGAGCAGAAAGUAUAUUAAUAAAAAUGUCUCGCUCUCUCUAAGUAAAUAAUAAAACGCGAUAUGUCAAACAAUAAACCUAUCUGGGCGCGCAAGAUAAAAGUAUCUCACGGUACAGUAAUUUACUUUUGCCGGGCCGUAUAGGAAACAUGCGGACUAGAAGGUCCCGCGGAAGACUUAGUUGAUAAACAGGGAGUGUGAAAAAAAAAAAAAAGUGGGAAAAUUUCCGCACCGCGGUCGACGCCUUUCGGUAUCAUUAUUGCAGACUGGUGGGAUUUGCUUUACCUCCGCGCGCGAUUUGAUUUAUCGAAAUGCGCGAUAAUGUCGAGAACAGGAGAGAUCAUAGUCUGCUAUGCUUGGCAACAAUUUACGCCGUUCACGCGGUACUCCUUCACGUUAUCUUGCCUUCGCAAGUUCCGGUAACCAAGGUGUCGUUCGAGAUGGACGUCGAGGGAUUCGUCCCAAAAUUCGGCGACCCAGGGGGAAGCGAUGCCGGGCACCGGGAUGAGUUCGUUGAAAGACCCCGCCGCACCGUCUAUCACGAAAGGACGAACUUUUCGAACCUGGAAGGAGUGGUCCGCGUUGUUAUCCCGGCAGCCACCGAACCAAGACUGUCUUUAAAUCGGGCCGCUUCUCGUGACCCGAGGAAACCGCCCACCUGGCUUGGAAAGGAUGUCGGGAAAGAUGAACAGCUGACCAAAGAAGACGUCGAGCGACGGCGCUCCUACGUCGAAGCGAAUCCUGCACACUCAGCCGGUCUUGCCGAGGAUGCGAGGGGUAGGUCAGGGGCCGCUGCAUCCCGACCACGUGACUCUCGUGACGUCUCGGAGUCUGGGGCAGUAUUUCGGAUUCUCGUUCCUCUUAGCUGUAAGAAUUCGACGACGGAUCGCGUGACGUUUACCACGUUGACCGCUCGGCUUGCCUCGAAUGAAACGAAAAUCGCCGAAGCACGUAUACGAGUCGCUGCAAAAUCCAAAUCUUCGCAAUGGAUAGUUAUCGUGCACUUCGUCGAUGCCCGUAAGAACAAGUCAUCGAACAAAGGACAACACUUGAGGUGUAAGGUUGUACAUACUAUUGAGCAAAGUCCAAAUCGCAUAUUGUUGGACUUGAACUCUUCCGUUUCUGCCUGUGUAGUAGAUAUUAGACAAACCACGGCUAUCGCGCACAUGUGUCAGAUCGCAGCCCAGAAUUCAUCGCCCCAGGCGGAACUACUGCAGAGUAUCUUCUCCCAGGAGAGAGAAUACUGUUCGACGUGUGCCUACGUUUAUUUGUACUUCCAUGGAAAAAUUGUGGACGUAAAUAACGUAUCCUCCUCGAAACCUUCCAACGUCGAUUUUGGAACAGGCCACAGUUCGGCAACCACUACCGCAAAAGGCAUGAAUCCCGCGGCUUGGGGAAUUUUCUUAGGAUGUUUAGUGUUUCUUUUAACGUUCACCGAUCACGAGAAAACAAAGAUCUCGUUGGAUCAGUGUAAAUCGAACUCUUGAAGUAAAUUUUCUUCUUCUCGUUGUCGGUUAUCCCUGCCCCGAGGAUCGGCAUAUGUCUUUGACGACAUGAGACGAGCCGUGGCAAUUUAUGGAAACAGUGAACUUUAAAUACACGUAUAAUAUUAUCUCGGCAUUGAAAAGUCUGCUAGAGAAAAAAAAUUACAUCAGUUUGUAUUACGACAGGAUUUCGAAAUACAUUUUUGGCAUGACAGUUUGUAGGGAAUGCCUUCAAAGUA